AUGAAGCUCACCUUCAAGGACCUCAAGCAACAAAAGUUCGUCAUCGAGGCAGAGCCCUCUGAGACGAUUGCCGAUGUCAAGGCCAAAAUCUCCGCCGAGAAAGGCUGGGAAGCGGACAAGCAGAAGCUGAUCUACUCCGGCAAGAUUCUCCAGGAUGACAAGACCGUGGAAUCGUACAACAUCGAGGAGAAGGGUUUCAUCGUCUGCAUGAUCCAGAAGCCAAAACCCCAGCCUGCCGCAUCUGCCAGCAAGGCCGCUCCUUCGACUCCUGCCCGCGAGCCCGCCCAGGCUUCCACUCCGUCCGCCCCUGCGCAGUCGUCGUCUACCACGCCCAAUGUCCCCGCCACCCCCUCCCCCGCACCCGCUGCGCCCCAGGCCCAGGCCCAAGGUGGCCAGUUCAACAACCCUUCGUCCUUGACCAUGGGUCCCGAGAGAGAGGCGGCAAUUGCAAACAUGGAGAGCAUGGGAUUCCCGCGUGCAGACAUCGACCGCGCCAUGAGGGCGGCCUACUUCAACCCUGACCGUGCCGUCGAGUAUUUGUUGACCGGCAUUCCCGAGAGCGCUCUGCGUGAUGCCCCGGCCCAGCAGGGUGGCGCUCCCGCACCCGCUGCGGGUGCAGGCGCACAGACCGCAGCUCCCCAAGCCGCUUCGGGCGGAGACGAGCCCGUCAACCUCUUCGAGGCCGCAGCGGGUCAGGGUGGUCGCGGAGGUGCUGGUGCGCGGGGAGCUGCGGCUGCUGGAGCUGGUGCCGGUGCCGGUGCUGGAGCUGCUGCUGCCGCCGCUGCUGGUGCUGGUGCCGGCGACCUCGACUUCCUCCGCAACAACCCUCAGUUCCAGCAGCUCCGCCAGCUUGUGCAACAACAACCUCACAUGCUCGAGCCCAUCCUACAGCAGGUUGGCCAGGGCAACCCUGGCCUCGCCCAGCUGAUCGCCGACCACCCUGAGCAGUUCCUCAGCCUCCUGAGCGAGGACCACGACGACGAUACUCCUCUCCCGCCCGGUGCGCAGGUUGUCAGCAUUACGGAGGAGGAGAGUGAGGCUAUCGACAGGUUGUGCCGCCUCGGAUUCGAGAGGGACCUUGUUGUGCAGGCCUACUUCGCGUGCGACAAGAACGAGGAGCUGGCGGCAAAUUUCCUGUUCGACCAGCCCGAGGAUGACGACCAGCAGUAG